AUGUCAGAUCUGAAUCUGACCAUGCACUGGCAUGGCUUGACACAGCGGAUGGCACCGUUCGCAGACGGAACUCCCCAAGCCUCGCAGUGGCCGAUUCCUCCGGGACACUUUUUCGACUACGAGGUUGCGACCGAAACUGGCGAUGCCGGCACCUACUUCUACCACUCACAUGUAGCGAUGCAAGCCACCACCUGCUCUGGACCUCUGGUUGUGGACGACUGCAGCUCCUGUCCCUUCGAUUACGAUGAUGAACGUAUCUUAUACUUCCAAGACUAUCUCCGUGAGAGCGAUCAAAAAAUGGCGCAAGAUGUCCAAGGCGUUCCAUACAGAUGGCCCGGCGGGACAAAUGGGAUUGUCCUAAACGGCCGUUCUAUUCCUAUUGACAGCAAAGUCACUCCCGGCCCCAGUGGCCAGAACGGAGUUUUUGGCGGAGGACAUGCCAGCAAUCCUGAAGGACAUCCCAGUCCUGGGGUGAAGCAGAUCGCAAACGAGGAGGGCUGCACGCUCCCCGUUAUUGACGUUGAGCCUGGCAAGACCUACCGGUUUCGCAUCGCUGGCGCCACGGGUCUUUCCUUGCUGACGAUGGCUAUUGAGGACCACGCCGAAUUUAGGGUUAUCCAAGCUGACGGCAUGCAGUACCUCCGACCUGUUGACACUCGUGAUUUGCAACUUGGGCCUGGCCAGCGUUUCGAUGUUCUCUUCAAGGCAAAAACGAUCGAAGAACUUGCGGCAGACGGAAACAAGACGACAUAUUACCUGCAGUUUGAAACUCGCAGUCGGCCGGAACAGUUACGUGGAUAUGCCGUGAUUCGCUACGAUGACAACGUCGCAGUUCCAGAAGAACCAGCCAUACCACCAGUCGACCUUCCCGCCAAUCCCAACGGCUGGCUGGAGUAUACUUUUGAGCCUCUUACCGGUGUUGUAGCACCCGCUGCAGAAGAGGUCACUCGCCGUAUUACCCUUGAAGUCGUCCAACUCAAAGACAGUGAUACGGGACGUCAAAUUUGGCAGCUUUCGGGUAUCUCAUGGACCGAAGAAAGCAACAAGGUUCCUCUUCUGGUCGACAUUUACCAAAGAGGCAGAAACGCAAUGCCCAACUACACCGUGGCAAAGGGCAACAAGGGGUGGGACACAAAGACCGGGUCCUUUCCUAUCAAACUGGGUGAGGUCGUGGAGCUUGUCAUACAGAACACCGGUACUAUGUCAAGUGACAUUGGGUUCGUAGAAGCCCACCCGUUCCAUGUUCAUAGCCAGCAUGUCUUCGACAUUGGUAGUGGACCGGGCGUAUACGACGCCGAGGCCAACAACGCGAAGAUCGAAAGGCUUGGAUACAAACCUACCUUGAGAGACACGACUAUGCUCUAUCGUUACCAAGACACAGUCGAUCCCGGACAAGCUGCUGGCUGGAGAGCUUGGAGACUGAAGGCUACAGCCCCGGGGGUUUGGAUGGUCCACUGCCAUAUCCUGGCACAUAUGGUGAUGGGCAUGCAAGCCGUUUUUGUCGUGGGUAAUGAGUGGGACAUCAAGGAGAUUGCUCCGAACGACGUCGCCGGAUACCUUGACUAUGGUGGUAGCGUGUACGGAAACUCGACAUUUGCACCCAGCCCGAACGAGUACUUUUCAGACGUGACGGAUAAGUGCGGCGUCUAUGCACAGAGCGAGGAGGAUGAUCACGAGCCAUCCGAUUACAACUCCACAUCAGGCUACAACUCGACGUCUGAGUACUCCAACUCAACAUCGGACAACGACUCAACGACCGAAGAUGAACCGGAGACCGACGACUCUGUCCCUUCAAUGCAUUAA